CAAUCGCCGAGCAGAAAGCCAGGAACAGAACUCAGGCGUUGGUGAUUGGCAUCUCCCUCCCCUAAGCCAUGGCUACCGGGCGACCCAUACGACUCAUGUUGGAUGCCUCCCUCCUCCUCGACCCCUCCUCCACCAGGGAGGCGGCGGCGGUGGCUCUGUGGCCCGGGGUAGAGGAGCUGCUGCGGCGGUUGCACUACUCCAACCUGACUGUGGCAAUCUGCUAUGCAGAGGGCAUGCCAACUAAUGAGAAUGGCAUCAUGUUAACAAAAAUGAAUGAGAAAUCAGUCAUUUCUAAUGGAAAGUCAGGCUUUCUUGAAAAGGUCGCAAGCUCACACUUGUUUGGCUCUAUAGCACUUCUUGUGAAAAGUGGGAAUCUUUCUCUAACUGAAUUAAUGUUAGAAUGGAGCCGAACAAGUUUUUGUUUUUAUGCGACUUCAAGAGUUGACAAAGGUUUAAUUUCUGAGCUCCAGAAUCAGAACUGGAGAGUUCUUUCUGUAGCUAAUGAAUGUAGCAUAGAGGUUCCUGGUGUUUUAAAUGUUCAAAGGCUUUAGCAGUUGCUUCUCACCUUGGCUACUCUAAU